AUGAAAUCAUCACGGAUUCUUCCUGCCUGCCCUCACCAUCUCCCUCAGCAGUCAAUCGGCCUGUCUGACCAUCGACCCUUCGGCACUCGCAGCUCCUGGCCGGUGCCACCAUGCUCGCAGCCUGCCGCGCGGACUCGCAAUGCCAUGAUUUACACUCGUCGUCGUGUCCGCCCCUCGAAUCCCGCAACUAUGACCUCCGAUAAACAACCACAACAGAAGCCCUUCACCCCCUCGCUCAGCGCCGCCUUCCACCGCUCCAACAACAAGUCUCCCUUGACUCCCAAGCUCGCGACCGCCAGCACUUACCACCACUCUCCCCGAUAUCCCAGCUCCGAGCAUCCCUCCGCCCUCUCCUCCUCCAGAGACGACCUCGUGCCCACCGCCGCCACCCCGUGUCCGGUCUAUCUCGCCGCCAACGUCACCCCGCGCUCUGGUCCACGGAGUAGCAGACGCGAUGGGGUUGUGUCAUCGCCGUCAAGUGCCCAGCAUUCUCCACAGCCCUCCAUCUCGCAGCAGCAGCAGCAGGCCUCGCUUAGGAGCAAUGGCGGAGGGUAUCGAGUCGAACGCAGUCCAGUCCGCGGGACGGUACGGUCUGAGCCGUCGCGAAAUUCCCGGCCAAAGACGGUGACGGAGAACAAUAAUAACACCCAUAACAGCAAUGGCCAGUACCUCUUCCCAGGCCCGUCAGCACCGCAGAUGUUCUUCCACGCGUCGGAUGCCUGGUCGGCAACGGGCUCCGACUCGGACGCUCCUCGACCCAGACCAUCCGUCAAACCGCCACAUCCAACUACUUUUAUCUACGCCAACGGCGAGGAGGAACAGAAACCGCCUUCGUUAUUGCCUACCAAGGACUCGGGAAGCACCGUAUCGUCGGUGAAGCGGCGCUCGUUUGGGAUUCCUCGUCCCACGGCGACCGGCAAACAACCGCACACCGCUCCUUCGCCGCACUUGAAAUCGCCCAAAGUCGUGACGGAUGCGUCGUCUCGGCUGUCGUCAGAGGACGCGAGACCGCAGAUCCACUCGCUGGUGGGCAACCCGGUCGAGAAUAUUGCGACUUUACAGACCACCUCCUCGCUUCUAAACAGCUUGCACGACAGGCAGCACCAUCCUCCCACCUCCCACCAUGCCAAGGCGGUUAGUAUUGACCUGGGCAAUUUUGGGUCUCCUCCCCGUGAGCGGGAGGGCCUGCGCCCCAGUCCCCUUCUGGCAUCUCCAUCAGGGUUAAAGAACAACCAUUCAGAUGAGUCAGUCAGUUCUGAGCCAAUCACCGGUCUUCGACACCGGGUGUUUAGCAACGGAUCUACCGUAUCGCUGGUAGACACGCACUCGCAUCUACCACUACAGAGCCCCGUUCGGACCGAGACGCCACGCCUCCCGGCCGUUGAUCCGGCCGUCAACGCCCGCACCGAACGCAAGAUCCUCGAUCUGGAGAUCAGCAACUCUUCACUGCUAGCCAUCAACCGCACGCUGGAGCGAGAGAUGCGCAAGCAGAAUGCCGAGCUACGCCGCUACCGUCGCCUCAGCCGGUCGGGCCGGCUGUCCGUGGCGGCGGAUUCCACACGGUCCUUCUCCGGGACGGCACUGCCAGCCUUCAGUGAGGGCGAUGAGGCGCCGGGCAGUGAGCGCUCGUCUUCCCGCUCGCCAGAGGAGGAUCCGAGCGAAUUCAGCGACGACGACGAGGAGGAGGAGGAGGACGACGAGGACGACGAGAACUCGAUCGAGGACGAGAGCGUGCUGAGCCCGGAAUCGCUGGCCGAACACGACGCAAAGCACCGGGAAGCCGACGAGAAACGGUUCAAGAUCGAUCUCUCCAAGCACCAGGAACUUCUUGUGGACAGCCAGAAGAUGAACCAAAGCCUGAAACGGUGUCUGGGGUGGACGGAGGAGCUGAUCAAGGAAGCCCGCAAGGCCCUCGAGUACCACGUUCAUAUCAGCGACGUGGAGCUCGGCGGUCGCGUCCUCUCGCCGGAAGAGUUGCCGGACGGGGGGGAGAGCGGACGGGGUCUAUUGAGUCCCUCGGCUGGGCUGCCGACCAUGUUCUCUUCCGAUCUGGACGAAGACUUGUCCAUAUAA